CUAGAUCAGUGAGACAUUCUGGCUUGCUUGUACUUCACAUAUCCACCUCCACACUGCCAUCUAUUGGCUGAUCUGACUUCAGGCUGGCAGGCUAGCCCACCGGUAACUACAGGGCUACAUGUACCUGAACUUCACUCGUUUCCAUCUACUGUCUUAAACUAAUCUCAAAUUCUUGUUGAGCAGCUCAACAAAUCUAGCCAAAUAUCAUGAAAAACGAGUGAAAUCAUUUACAGCUAUUUGCUGUAAAUAUUGCAGCUGAGCUGUGAUUGUUUAAGAGAGUGCAGUUUAAGGGGUUGUUGUAACUUUGUGGAAUCGUUCUAUAAGAGUAUAAGCAGACUGGCUAGUACUGUCAGUGUAAAUAUGGCUUGUGUUAUACAGAAUUCUUCCGUUAGUGAUUCAAACAGCAGCAGUGCUUGGACACCCCUGUAUGGGGGAGGAGGAAAACUUGAUAAAGACGCUAUACAGUUAAUCCACAAGUUUUACUGUAAAGAUUGUCAAAUGGAAGAACAGGCAGCCGAAAGAGCUAAAGCGCAGUCUUCUAGUAAAGCUGCUGCUAACUCCCCAUAUCACAGAGAACCAACUAGUCCAGUACUUGAUCAACAUUCCCUUACUCAAAGUCUGGAUAAAAACAAAGAAUCAUUAAAGAGGAAGUUGAUGCUAAGAAGAUCAGUAACUGAACUAGCUGAUCGAGGCAUAUAUCCACCUCUGAAAACACCUCCAGCCUAUUCUGAACAACGAAAACAAUUAGAAAGGGCCAAAGCUGGUGAUCUUUUAAGAAGAAAAAUACAACAAAGACCAGAUAGACAAUCAUUAGUACAGCAACAUAUUUUAGAAGAUACCACAAUAGCACCAUCACUACAAGAACGCCAGAGACUUUUGAAGAAAUCAAAACUUAGUGAUGAGUUGAAUGAAAAGAUAGCCCAUCGACCUGGGCCACUGGAUUUAAUAAAAGGAAAUAUUCUGCAGACGGAUAAAAUGAUAGUUGAUGCCAUAAAAGGUAAUGGCCCAGAGACAAAUGAUGUGUGUUAUGAUGGAUCAAUAAAUGGAUCUAUUGGUUUUGAUGAUGUUGAGGGUUCUGAUGAAGAUGACCAGUCACGUCAUUUUAACUUUGAUAAUGAUACUAGUGGUGCUCCGUCACCACAAGAUGACUCCAGUAUGUCAGAAAUGGGAAGUCCACUUUCUGUUACCUUACCACCUAUUUUGGGGAUGCCUUCAUUUCUCCAACAAACAAGUCCAGUAGCGAUGCCUCAAGUGUGUAAAAGUCCACAACUUGGUUCACCGCCAAUCAUCCCACAAACAAGCAAUGUUUUGACAAAAUCAAAUAGUGGCAGUUCCAACAACAACAAUAACAACAAUAAAUCACGACCAAAGAAGUCCAAGCCAAAAACGAUGCCAAAGGCAAAAAUAAUUAAAUUCCAUGAAUACAAGGGUCCACCUAACAUUGUCAAAACACAAAAUACAUCAGAUAAAGAUUCAGAGACACCAUAUCACGUAAUGCUUCAACAACAACAGUUAUUUUUACAAUGGCAACUGGAGUUUCAGCAGAAAAAUAACUAUCUGAUUGCUCCUAAUGAGCCAGAAGAUACUCUGAUACCAAUAGCACCACAACCUGCUCCAGGAACAAGUGUGGUGGUAGCUUCAUCCACAUCACCUCUACCAGUCACAGCACAAGCUGUACAAGCUCCAACAGUUGUACAAACAUCUACCCCAACAUCCAUAACAACAUCAGUUCCUCAGCAAAUAAUACAAACAGUUCAGCAGAGAUGUGUUACCCCACAGAUACCUGUACCUACCAUGAUGCCUAGUAAAUCACCAUCACCACAACCAGUUCAACACCCACCACCACCACCAACUCCCCCAGUAGCAAUCAAAACUCCCAAAAUAUAUGGGAAUCUGGAGGAUUUAAAAGUUGCUGAUCUGAAAGUGGAACUGAAGAAGAGAAAUCUGCCAGUAUCUGGUUCUAAACCUCAACUUAUUCAAAGAUUGAGUCCGUAUCAUGAAACAGGAGCUAAAUCUCCAGCCCAUACAGUUAUUACUACAGUACCAUCUCCAGCAUCUAGUAUUGGUUCUGUGGAACCUAUAGGUUCUCCACCUGUGGCUAAGAUUGCACCGAUUGCAAAGAUAAUCAGUGUUCCUCCCCCAAGGGUGAAAGAAGAACCAAUGUCAAGGAAUAAUACACCCCCAACUUCUCCAAUAUUGAUGGACAGUAAUCCUCUAUCACCUGACAUGAUGGAGGUCACCUUGCCAACAAGCAUCUCUCUGCCAACUCAAGCUAAACUUCAGAUCAGUCCAAACCCCACUCCAGUACCUACAGCUCCACAAACAACUGCUAUCACAAUGACUAAUGAAAGCAUUGUGCCAACAUCAGUCGUAAAAUCAGAAGCAAUUCCCAUGGAUAUUGAUCAAGCUCCAACCCUGGAAUCAAAUAGCUUGAACACAGCAUUGAUUAAUCAACAACUUCAGCUACAGAUGCAACAAUUUAAGCAACUGAUACAACAAACUCAACAGCAACCCCAGCUUAGUCAGGAGGAUUUGGUCAGACAACAACAGUCACAGAUAGAGGAAUUGCAGAGACAACUUCAGGAAUCUCAGAUGAAGUUGAAACUUCAGGCACUGCAACAGCAACAACUUCAGUUACAACAACAGAAUCAAAUGUUACAACAGAGUAAUAUCAUGCAACAGCAGCCCAACACCUCACAAUCUACUCUGAUCAACAACCAGUCUAAUAUGAUCACUUCUCAACCUCCAUUAGUAAAUGCAAUACAGAUUAAUCUGAGACCAGAAGCUAAAAUGUCCCAGAUUCAAAAUCAGCAGCCCAAGCAGAUUCAGAUUCCUGCAAGUUUGUUACAACAGACAUCAGUCCAGAAUAAUAAUCAAGGUGUCCCUGCUGUUAUUGUAACAAGUAAUGACGAAGUUGUUAAACAGAAUAAAUCAAAUCUAGCUGAAUAUCUGAAACUACAGACUUUACAAAACGUGAAUAAGCAGGAUAUAUCUAUAGCAGCCCCGGUUAAUAAUCAACCGUACAUAUUUACUACUGCCAAUACCAACUCCAAAUCUGUUCCAAAUCAACUACCAAUCAAUGGUAUUCACAGAACCACUUCAUUACCAGCAACAGUAAUGGAAGGUCAGAAGGUAAUAGAGAGAACUCAGUCGAAUCCUUACUUCUCAGUGCACCUGAAGGAACCACCAAAGUAUGAUGAAGCUAUCCGUAGUAAACAACAAGCUCAACAUGUGAAAGAUGAGUCACUCCCAAUUGUUCAGCCAAGUAGUCCACAAUUAUCACUAGCAAAUCUUAGUAAGAGUCAGGCUAUGGAUGAUGUAUUAGAAAUCCUGAUACGACAUGGAGAUCUUCCUCCAAAUGCUGCUGAAGAAGCCUUACCAACUCCAAAAACUACACAAGCUCAGCCUAUUCCUUCUGUUAGUCCAGUUGCUAUCUCAAGUUCAACAUCUGCUCCUUUAAGUCUAGAAUCUAUAUUAUCUUCUAGUGGUAUUAACCUGUCGACACAUACAACGUUACCUAUGUCUUCAUCUUCAGUACAUCUACCAAGCUCAUCAUCUACUAUAACAACAUCUUCAUCUAAUCCUCUUUUUUCCAUUAAUCCAACAACAGAUACUAAACCUCUGCGAAUGGAUUCACCACCGCCACCCACUGUAUCUAUGCCUUUAACAGACACUGGAAAUGAACUCUUAGAUUUAUCAGAAAUGUUGGAUGCUGGUAUGGAUUGGACAAACGAGUCGGCGUUCAGUGGUUUAGACUUUUUUGCAGCAAAUGUAGUAGAACAACUGAACACCCCGAAUGUGAACAAAUCAUUCUUGUAUGUGCCACCUGCCAGUGAACAAAAAGCUGGUGGUAGUGUUCAUGGUUCAGAGCCAGAUCUUGCCUCCCUCGGCCUUGCCGAUCCGGAUGCAGCAAAUAACAUGCAAAUAGACGUUUCCGAAUGGUUAGAUGUUAUUAUGCCCAGUACCGGUUUGACUCCUCUAACAACUAACGCACCUGUGUCUUUCUCAUCCGACCCCAUAUUAACCCCCAAAACCCAACAAGAAGUGCUGGAAUUAUUCAAUUUUGAUGAAAGUGACUUUAAUACCUCAAUUGAUCCAUCAUGUGGGUUAAAUUGGGAGAAAUUAACCGAACCUGGUACAAGUUAAAAUUAGUUGUAGUAGAAAGGUGAUGUAUAUGUAGAAACAAGGUAUCCCUUCUGCGCUUACUGCUGUACCGUUGGUUAGCCUAGUGAUAUAUGUGAUUUAUUUUUGGAGUGAACAUUAUAAUGACAUUAUUAUUAUCAUUAAUGGACCAAGUGCCUAUAUUUGGAGACUGAAGUGCUGAAAUCAGUUUAAUAGAAUUGUGAUGUGUGAAGAAAAGACUCAGUGAUGUUAUCUAUAAUGAAAAUCUGGAUAAACAAGUCAAGAAAAUGGAGAGCGAAACAAUGUUCUUGAUGUUUUUAUUUUGAUUAUUAGAUUAUAUUGACACAGUGAAAGUGACAUUUAGUAAUAUAAAAACAUAUUAUGUUGUUCCCUCCACUCCAAUUUUAUUCAGUUUUCUCAAAAAAUUCUAACUGAAAAGCACAGUAAAUACAAGAAAUUUCAAAAGAGACAAACUGUUAAGAUGUAACAUGGAAUAUCAAAAUGCAAAAAAAAAAUGAUAUAUUUUUUAAUAUUCAUUUACAAACAAUCUGACAAUUUCUACAAGAAAAACACAUUUCUCAACCUGUUUAAAAACUUAAAAAAUAACAAAAAAGAUGUGAGAUUUCUAGUUUGCCAGUUUGAUGUAUGUGCUUCGUAUAACUAAUGUCCUGGUGUGUGUUCUCCUUUAACAUUAGCUGGUUUGACUGCACUGUGUUUAUACAUAUUAUAUAUAAUGGGUCCAUCAAUCGGAUUGUUUUCAACUUUGAGGUAUUGUGUACCUUAGAUCAAAUUCACUAGUUUCAGAUCAGUUCAUUAAUAAAAUCAUUGAUUUUCAUAAAAUUAACUCAUCAAGUACUACAUGUAUGUACUCUACAUGUCAAUAGUAUAUUUGCCUCGGCCUAAAGCAAUUUGAUGCAUUCCAUAAAAAAAAUGUGCAAUGACUCUUCCCUUGCUUUGAACAAAGUCAAGAUAAUUUCAGUUCUUUUCACAAAGUGGUAAUACCAGGGUCUACAUGUUUGGGGACCAUUCAUUAAUCCAAGGGAUGUCUGCACAAUGCAUGUAAUCUCAAUUUAAUAAAUGGCAAAAAUAAGAAAUCAUUUGCACACUCUAGUUAACACCAUAUAGUGUCUUUUUUAUGUAUAACACAGGCAUAAUCUUUCCAGCAUACUUCAUUAACAUUUAAAUUAUUUGUCAAUUUCUAUCCAUUCCUUGAAUUAUAAUUUCCCUAUUAAUUUAAAAGAACACCAAAGCUAUAGCUUACAAAUUAUGUGUUGGGGGAUAUAAGACAAUUAGUUGGUAUUACCAUUUUGUACUUAUCAUUGUGUGAUAUCAAAUAAAUCUUUGUUACUAAAUCAUUGGAAGUUUAGAUUCAGGUUGAUUAGUUUCUUGUAAGCUUAGCACACUAAAGGCUGAUUUCUUAACAUGUUUAAAUACAUAAUUAACUUAUGUAAUGUUAAUGUUUUAGGGUCUUCAGAUGAAAAAUUGCAUAAAAAUGUAAGCUUAGCACUAUAUGCCGAUUUCUUAAGAUGCCUAAAUACAUAAUUAACAUGUAUUAAAUGUUAAUAUUUUUGUGUCUUCAGAAGAAAAAUUGCAUAGAAAUUUUGUCCUAAAUUUAUAUGAUAGUAUAAGAAUUGAUAUCACAUUAUAUUGUUAUAUAUUGUCUAUAGGUAUUAUAAAAGCCUAAUCAUAACAUAUUGAAGCAUACCCAAUCAUUUUAAUACAAUGAUCUUCCUGUAAAUCCUCUGCUACUUAUAUAGCUUCUAAUAUUAGUGCUUUGGUUUUUGUAGUCGUGUUUUGUGUCAUUCCUUCCUUCUGUGAUAAAAGUUAAAUAAACAAUAUGAACACUAUUUAGUUUAUGGUCAAAUUGACUUCAAAAUUUACCAGUGAACUAAAUAAUAAUGGUAAAGAAAUAUCAUGGGAGAAAUUCCUGUAUUGAUAGUAGUUUAUGGUAUAUCCACACUGUAGCAAUGGGCGUCCUCGCUGAAGGAAUUCCAACCAGGUGUCGCUAGUAAAAACUCAGUUCCACGUGACCUUAUCGAUGGUAAGAGAACCGUAUUGGUAUUAAAUUCCAUAUUAACGACAAAAACUAACGUUUGUCAACACAUGAGUUCGUAAUAAAUGUACAGGAAAACUGUGCUAUAAGGUAAACAAUGAGGUCACGUGGGAUCGCCUCGCCAAUAAAUUAUGUCCCUUUAUCUCUAUCGAGGACGCCCAUUGAUGUAAAUUAAAGUUUAAAAAAUCUUAAAAUAAAUAGAGAUAGAAACUUGUAGAUGAAAGUUAUUAAGGCGAGUAAAGAUUAAGGAUUAAUUUAAGUGAAUUAUAAGCCAAUUUGUUAUUUUAUGGCUCAGCUAACAUGUAUUAAGAUUAAGUACUCUUAAGCCUAGCCAUAGCAUAUUGUAUAUUAUAUGUUUAGUAAAUGGUAAAGAAUACCCAUUCAAUCUUUGAAGAUCUAUAUUAUACAUACAUCAUAUAUAAGUUAAUAAGACCAACUGACUACCGGUACUAGUCUUUCUGAUAAUGUACAUGUUUGUACACCAUCUUUCUAAACUCGAUGAAGUUACAAGAUUGUCAUAUAUGGUAGACAUCUUGUUAACUGUGGUGAUGUGGAUAAAAUAAUAAUUGGCGUUUGUGUGGACCAAAAAGAAAUAUUUAUGUUUGUAUAAUAGUAAUAGAGAAGAAGCAGCCAUUUUCAGUCGUGAAAUAAUGUGUGAUCAUAUCAAGUCUGCUGAUUGUUGUAUGUUUACUUAAUAUAACAUAAGCUAAACAAAUGCCAUCAUGGACUGUAUGCAGGUUCUUGCAUAUUACUGUUAUAAUGGUGAUUUGUGGCCUGUUGAUGUAAUUUUUUCUACUGAACUUUUUAUUUAUUAUCAGGUGUGCAGUUAUUUCAUAUGUUUGUUAAGAUUAUUAUAAUAUAUAAUUUAAUACAGAGAGUUUGAAUUUUUUUUGUAUAUUGAUUAAUAUAUUUGCAUGCUAUUUAUGUUCAGUGUGUGGUUAAUAUUGUCAUUUGUUUUUAUUUAACUUAAAAUAUUAUCAGUGAUUUUGUUUAUUUUUGUUUCCAUGACAACCAAUGAGAUCAAAUAGUUCACCAGCAUCAUUUAAAUAAUAUAUGAUUUACUGUAUUCAAAGGAUCAGCACACUUUAAAAUAUUCACAAAAUUUGACUAUCUUUGUUCUUGUCUCUUUGGCAUUAUAACUCUGUCAAAUUUGUCAGUUGUAGCUAAGAAAAAACAGAACUGAAAAGUGGCCCCAUUUUACAUGUACUAUGGGUGUUAAUUUGAACAAAUACAGUAGUUCAUUUCUGUUUUAGUCGGCAGUUUCAUUUAGUGAAUCAGGUGCAACGAUCUGCAUAGAAUAUGGUAUAUGAUUCAUAAUUAUAAUUUAAGGAAGUACAAGAUAAAGACAUUAAUGUACAAGAUAAUAUUUUGUUAAAUCUGCAAUCUGUUCAAAUUACAUGAUUCUAAUUAAGUUCUACCAGGUAAAUCCACACCCUGGUUGUUAACCUUGCAUCAUGUUUUCAUUAUGAAUCAUACGUUAGUGCCAUUUAAAUAACAUAUCAUUUCUUUUUCGCACACUAUAACAAAUAAUAUGUAACUUCAAGAUGUUCAUAGUUGGAAUUUGUAGUGGGGUUAGAAAAAUAAAAAUUCAAAGAAAGCUUUUUGGGGAAUAUUGGGUGGCCCCCGUCCAUUUAUAGUAUUACCAUUUACUCUUUAAUUUAAUUGUCAGGAAUUUGUUUUGUAGCACAAAACUCAUAUAAAAUAUGCAACUAAUCUGUUCUGCUACUUUCAUCACUCUGUGAUCGCAAAAUGCGAACAAUAAUGAAAGCCAGUAACAAAUAAAAGUGAGGUAUAAAUUUUUAAUUUAGGGGAAUUAGAUAUGACCAUUUAUAAUUUUCUUAGAAUUCUAAAAAUAAACAUUAGUUUAGAAUUAAAAACUAUAUAAAUUUUAUGAUGCCAAGAUGUUUUAAAUAUAUAUUAUAUAUAGGUUUAUCACAUCUUUCUGUAAUUUGUAUAAUCUGUUCUAGAAAUUGUAUUAAGUGAAUAUGUGAAAAAUGAAGGUGGUUAUCAGUUGUAUAUGUCUGGAAAAAGGAGAAAAAAGAUAUAUAUUGAAUUAAAUUUUUUGAUAUUUGUUAUAAAUAUCUUUAUAAAUCUGAUAAGUAGUAAAGGAAAGGAUGUAAUGUUGAAUUAUUGAUGGUUAGAGGACCAUGAGUUUACAACAAACUGUCAAUAAAUCAGGCUAAGAGAGAAAGGCGUCUAUAUUGUAUAUGUUGUAUAUAUAUAUAUUUGCACUUGUUAAUAGUAUACAUGUACUAAUAAAUAAUUUGCUGCUUGAAAUAAUUCUACUUAUUUGUAUUUAUAUCAGAAUAUGGGAGUUCAACUAAUAUAUAAAAAAAUUAUAACAUGCAAAAUACAAGCAUAAUACACAUUUAUUAUCUUACUAAUCUUAUUAUUGCUAUAUUCACCUCUUUAUCCUUGCCAUCAUGUUAUCCGGCUUAUAAGAUUUUAAAUCAAUAAUUACCCUUUUCAUUUAAAUAUUCUAUUUAAAUAUUCUGUAUUUCAAAUUUUAAAAAAAGAAACCAGCUGAUUUUGACUAGAUUUAUUUUAUUAUAAUAUUUUGGAUUUCAAAUUUAAAAUCGAAAACGCCACUUUCACUAGAUUUAUUUUGUGUCCACCCCUUCCAGCUAGAUUAAGAUGAUAUAAUUUAUAGAGUGUCUUUAUUUAAGUAGUAGCCGACUAGAAACUAUAUUGUAUAUUUAUUUUGUAAUGUCUUAGGAUAAUAUAAUGUUAAAGAAUUAAUUUAUUUAUCUAUCUGAAUAUAAGAAUUCCUAAUAUACAGUGAGUACAGUGUAUAUGUAAUUAUAUUGUUAUGUUAUAUCAAAAGUGUCUUCCAUUGUUCUCUACCAAGAGACACUAUUAAAUAGUUAAAUAGUUAAAAAGUUACUGGUUUUAUUUAGAUGUAGCCUACAUUUACAGAUGACAUUUAAUGUGUACAUAAUAUUUAGAGACCACUAUACAUGUAGAAGAAUUAAAGAUUGUAAGAAGGCUUAUAUACAUACAUUCUAACUAAGCUCCAGUUAUCAAAAAUAACAUCUUUUAAAUGACGGCAAAUAUAGGCUCAAUGAUCUAGGCAUUACCAAAUUUAUUGAUUAUGUUAAUGAAAAUGUAAAGGUACUAUACCACGAAAAUUUAGUCCUAUAUACCAAUAUCAAACAUUCCACACUAGAUCUAACUUGAUAUGGUUUGAAUCUCUGACAGAAAUAGACUAGAACUGGACAGAUUUGAAAUGAUAAAUUUAUUGCAAUUGCUUUGGCUUAAGUUCUAAUGUGUAAACAAUAGUCUGCAUUUCAAUUAUUUGUUCCCUUUUCAUUAUCUAUGUUUACUCAUCACUGAUAUGUCCAUCUUAUAUGACCAGUCAGGAAAAUAUACAUAUAUAUAAAUUAACUACAUGCUAUUUGAAUCAACCUUCAAGGACUGCAGUUAAACAAAUCUGUCCUGCAACUAAACUGAGGCACAAUGAAGAACUGGAUUUAAUCAAAUUUGAUUGAAAAUAUAUAUAUAAAUAUACACAGUAUCUGUUAAUGAUAUUAACAUUUGAAUUUCAUGUAUAUCAUAUUCAAAAUUAAAUCUAGCACUUCUUAUCAUCUUAAUGUGUAUUUUAAAGUUUUUAUGUAAAAGCUAUGGUUGAAACCUGAACUCUAUUUCUGAUCAUCAUUCAAAUAUUAUCAAAAUAUUUUCAAAUAUUUAAAUACACUUAGGCAACACCUAAUCAAAUUGUUGUUUCCUUAAAUGCUCUUUAUAUAAGAAAUAUUAUAUAUUAUAUAAAAUAUUAAAGAUAAAUGUUGAGCAACUGUUUAUAUCUCAUGACAAGUGUUAAGUCAGAAAUAUAUCUAGAUGAAAAUGUUAGAUAAAUGGUCUUUUUAUGCAAGGGAAGUUAAUUAAAAUAUUUAUAUCUGUAAAAUUAUAAACUCUUAACUCAAGGUUUAUUGCCAGUUGAUUCAGAUUUAAAAAGUCUAGCUGUAUAUAAAAUUUUAUGAAUUAUGCUCAUAUGCCAAUCUUAUUACUGCUCCUGUGCAUUAUGAAUAUUUGGUACCAUUGUGGUGCUGUUGAUAAUCAACAAAUCUCUUGUAAACUCAGUAUUCAUGUAUGGUGUAUUAUUCUGUAGUAGAAAUUGUAUUACAAAAGCAUUACAUUAUGCCUCCUUGUAAUCAAAAUAAUUGUUAUAUUAUGAAAUUGUUAUCUACCAUUUACGUCACUAGAUAAUCAUGUCACCCGUCACGUCACGGCUCAUUAACAUCAUUGGCACAUUGAUAAAUAGCUCAUCCAUUCAAGUUCAAAAUCUUUCAAUAUUCAGCCAAAUAUUGUAUGCAAGAAGUUACUUUCUCAGGAAAUUGUCCUUCUUAGCUGCAAAGUGCAUAUUAUAGUGCGGCCUUUAAUCAUGUUGGGUGUUUAGAGCUCAUAGGCAUAUACUAAACUCUUUAAUGGCUAUGUUCAUGAAGACAAUGCUGGAUAUUAGAAGACUCAUUAGCCUGUUUUGAAUGAUCUGUUUCAAUAUAUGUGUGAUUGUAUAUAGGUUUCAUGAGACUUUUGCCCUGUAUAUGCAUACAGUGAUUCUGUCUAGAUCUUUAACUGAAAUAAACAAAAAAAAUGCUUGAAACAAAAA